AUGGAUGAGUCAGCACUGGAAAGAUACUUUGAUAACCUCAUUGUGAAUCAGGACUCCUUGCAGGUGAAGGUGGAGGAGGAGGAGCUGAAUGAAGAGGAGCUGUUCCUCAGGUUACUGCCUGAUGAGCUGCUAACACUGUACGAGUCCAGUCAGGGUGACACAGAGAAUGGCAACAGAACUGGUGUGGACCACAGCUCCCAGGAUUCCACAGGACAGGCCAAAGUCCCAGGUGCGUCAUCCCUGCCGGAGCUGGGUGGCUCCUGUGUUCGUCCUGUGACCCCCCUGAUGCCUGUGAUUCAUGUGACGGAGCUUCCACAGAUACAGAACGUCGUCUCUUCAGUGAAGCUGUGCUGUCGUCUGGACCUGAACUUCAUUGCCCAAAAUGCCUGGAACGUAGAGUACAACCCAAAGAGCUACAAGGCGCUCGUCAUGAGGAUCCGUGAGCCGCGAACAACAGCAGUGAUCUACAAAUCUGGAAAUAUUGUCUGUACAGGAGCGAAGAGUGAGGAUCAGUCCCAGGUGGCAACCAGGAGGUUUGCUCGCAAAGUGCAGAAACUGGGCUUUCCCGUCUCCUUCCUGGACUUCAAGGUCCAGAACGUGGUGGCCAGUUGCAGCAUCUUCCCUGUCAGUUUGGAGCAACUGAUGCUGGUGCACCAUCAACACUGCAGUUAUGAACCAGAACUGUUUCCUGGCCUCUUCUACUACGUGAUGCCCGGUAUCACCGUGACCAUCUUUGCCUCUGGGAAGAUGGCAUUUACCGGAGCCAAAACAGUAGCUGACAUCUACAGAGCGUUUGAAACCAUCUAUCCCAUCCUGAGUCGCUUCAGGAGGCCUCCCUCCACAGAAACACUCUGCUCUUGGACCACCGUAGACGUGAAACUGGAGCCGUUCAGAACCUCAGAGGACAGCAUCGGGGUCAGGACAAUAAACAAGCCUCCACAGUGUCUCCCAGCUGAUUCCUCCCAGAUGUUAAAGUUUUGCAGGUCUGGGGCGAACCGGGUUUUCAAGCUGCAGGGUGGAGGCUUCCCAGGGAACAGCAGGAGGAUUCUGGCAGAGGAAAUGUGA